AUGUUACUAAAAUUAAAAAAAAAUUUUUUUAAUUGUUUACUUCCCGAGUUGGUGGAUCCAAGAGUACCAAGAGUACAACCGUCAGACACACUUUUCUCAAAAAGAGCCAAAGCCGAAGAAGAAAGCCGGCAAUCACAGCUGGGGAACUCAGACAGCCGCAGGUCCUCUGGAUCCUCGAUCAGCCCACGAAGCCCGCUCACAUUAAAGUUAAAAAGGAGUAUACAUCAUCCUUACAAGCAUGUAAGCACCCCCAAACCAAAGGAUACCAAAGCUAGCUCAUCAAGAAGCAGCAGAGACUCUCAAUCCAGAUCCCAAAAAAGUCAGGAGAAAACAGAGAAAAGACACUCUAGCACAAAUACUAGCAGAGAUAGGGGACGAAAAAGCUCAAAUGAGACCGAUUUGCACCUUACCCCAAAAAAUGACGUCCAAAAAUCUCGCAAAAACAACAUUGAAAAUUUCAAGAUAAAAAGUAGGGAGAACUCGCCAUUUUACACCCCACCAGAGGAAGAACGAAGAGGAUCACCACAUAGCAGCCCCAUGAUGUCCAGAUACUCCCCUGAUAGUGAUCCUACCCUAAAUUUCGAGAGUGCGGAAAAUUCGCCCUUAAACUCGAGCGUGAUUAACACAUUUAACAUUGCGUACGGGUACGCGAUCAUAAAUAACGAAAACAGUGCGGAAAACCCACCCUCGUGUAACGAAGUGCCCGAAAACCGACCCACAGUGCCGGUAAACGACCCUCAUGACCCAACGCAACAAUACACCGGUAGUGCGCCCAACCCCACAGUGCAGACCGGUGCGAGCGGAAAUAAAAGUGAAACGAGCGAAAAAAAUAGUGCGGGUUUACCCCCUACGAACGCAAAUAAAAGUGCGGAUAAACCCCCGACGGGUAAUCACGACGCAUUCCCUAAGUUCGAGUCGGCAUACAAAACCCUAGGAAUGCCUAGCACGGUAACGGCAAAAGUCCUUAACUUCGGGAUGAAGGCACAUCUCGCGACAUCGAGUGAAGACGACUUCGCGAAAGAAAGCAACGAGGAAGACACCAGACAACCUCCCUUACUACACAAACGGAAAAACAUGUCGCCAAUAAACCAAACAAAGGUGCAAGAUACAAUAACAAACAUGGAAACUGACGAUUUCCAACUGCCGAAAAAAACGAAAAAAUUUCGAGCAAAUUUUAUUAAACUCCUUGAGCAAAAGGCAGCGUCAACUAUCACGACAAACAAUCGUUUUGAGGCAAUUUCAGAUUCUGAAAGUGAGAGCGAAACAGAACAGCCCACGAACAACCCCACCAAAAAAGGGAAAGCAACCCCCAAUCUACCUAUAAAAGGAAGCUCAAAGACACAAAAACAAGCUAGAAACACAGACAAAACAAAAACAAAAUCUAAAGAUAGUAUUCCGCCCAUAGUAAUUGAUGGUAGUACAGAUAAUCAUACAAAUCUAACAAAAGACCUCAAAGAAAUCCUUAAGGGUAAGUACUCCAUCAAAUAUACGAACGCAACCACAGUAAUUUUUACCGAAAGUGAAGAAGACUAUCGGUCACUAUUAAGCAACAUUAAAGAAGCGGAAAUACCACACCAUACCUACACGAGUAAGGCGGAUAAGACCCACGCAUUUGUUUUAAGGGGCAUGGCAAAGGGCACGAACAAAAAAGACAUUGAAGACGAUCUCAGAGAAACAUACGAGAUUGAGGCCAAAGAAACAUUUCUGAUGACCACGAACUACAGACCACUCUACCUUAUAGUAACAGAUCCCGCAAUAACCCUUGACUAUUUAAACGAAAACGUCAGGGUUAUUGAAAACACCAGAGUAACAUGGGAACUACGCAGAGCAGUGAAAUCAAUAAUUCAGUGUCACAGAUGUCAAGCGUGGGGCACGCAACAACAAAUUGUGGCCGCCCACCAAAAUGUCUGA